AUGGCAGACAGGGAAGCCAAGAACAGUCUGGCUGCAAAAGAGUUGAGCGCAAGCAUGUUUAACCUCCAACGGUAUCUGGAGCAUCUGAAAGCAGAGCAGAGCAAGGAACAGGACAUGCUGGGAAAAAUUCUGUCUCAACUUAGCACUUUGUUUUCUAUUCAGAAACCGAUGACAGGACCUGGCACUGCUAGAAUGACUGACAGUGAGGUCCAGACAUCACCUGGUUUAUUAGAGAGGUUCUGUGUCAUGUCAGCUGAAAAACACCAUGAGAGCCAGAUGAUAUGCAUCACGCCUGUCAUUUAUUCAGGAAAAGCAGUAGAACAGAACCAGUGUCCACUUACAACACAGAAUACACAAAACAGAAAUGAACAUGCUCUGCUUGUAGAUAGACAGCAGACAGCAGUCACAGAUGAGGUUUCACCAGAUACUUCGCAGAGAUUAUGGUGCAAACUAUUAGUUGAGACCAGACCUUCAAGCCCACAUGUGGAUGUUCAAAUCACUGGAUCCAUUGAGGACAAUGGAGGACAGUAUGUAGAUAGACAUCUGGAGCCUGAAAAACCAUUGUUUGGGAGAGAGAACCGAUGUGUCACUGAUGAGAUACCACCUCUGAAAGUACCUAGGAGGCGCCAAAAACCACUGAAUUAUAGGGGGAAAAAGAGAGCAUUUGUUCUCCCACAAAGACAGAUGGUUAGAAAAAAAGGAGCGAUGAAGUUCUCAAAGGACAGCCAGCAGAAUGUAGACCUUCAGUGUGAACAAAAAGACAGAGUACCUUUGGCUUCUCUUUGUGACAACUGGAAAAUGACCAACAAGUCUACUGCAGAGAAUCACUUAAAACUACAGCAGCAAGCCACUGUAGCACCAGUCAGUAUGUGUGUAGCUGAACAACCACUAAACCCCUUCAGUUUGUGGUCUGAAGACACAGACAGCUCCCAAAUUAUGAUGGAAUACAAGAUGGCUGAAUGGGAAAAUGUGGUACCUGAACCUAAAACUAGUGUCAUAGGAGCAGAAGGUGGCCUCUGGCAGCUUUUUGACUUUACUAAUGACUCAGAAUGAGAUGCAGAAUUCAGAAUACAUUUGAGAAAUUGUAUCUCCUAUGAUCAUUUUUUAAAAAGGUAGAACUUGAAAUUGCCUGUGAACAAGCAAACCUUGUACUCUACCCCCUUUCCUUGCUAUAGACACCUG